AUGCAACGAGUAGCUCCGAACACUAUUAAAGAGGGUUUUGUUAAGGUUGUGAUUCCUAAAUAAUCAUCAUAACCCAACAUUAAUCCUGAGUCAAAUACUUUCUUUCAUAUAGCUCCCAAAUUUCAAUAAUAGCGUUUGACUAUUAAACAAACAGUGCCCACUUCCAAAUCCAUUGAAGAGAAACGUUGUAAGUAGCAUAAGAACAAUCUCUCAGAAAAUAAUAAUAGCACUAACAGCAAUUCCAAAAGUCGUGUAAUUGCCACUCUAUAAAUUGAAGAUGAUUCACUUCAAACAUCUCAAAAUGGUUUAAAAUUAAGAAAAAUAGUUGCCGAUAGUCAUCUGUUCUCAACCAACGUUCUUUAGCAACUAUCUAAAUAGAAUCUAAAUACCAAUCUCACUAACGAUUCUCAAAGCCCGGGAUAAAGGAAACCUAUCUAGAUAAAUCAGGAACUAUAUAGUCUUAACACUCAAAUUUAAUCAUUUAUCAUCAAGAAAAAAUAUCAUACAAAAUGGGAAAUUUACAAAGAAUUAUUGCUAAAAUAAUGCAAUCUAUUAAAUGUAUACAAACAUUAAUUCAUUCAAUCUACUUCAUUUAAUGACAUCUCAGUUAGGAUUAUCAACAACUUAUUUGAAAUGAUGAAUAACAUCUCAAUUGAGAUCUUGUGUGAAUAAGAGUCUAAAUUCAAUCAAAUUAUUGAAAAAAUCAACCAAGAAAAAGAACUAUGUUUGAAUAAUUGCUAAAUUAUUGAAAAGGAAAGAGACCUGUUGAUUCAAACAGUCAAUCAACUUAAAUCACCUAAAUAAAUAAAUAACUCAAAUCAGAUCGAUAGUUUGGACACCGGCUAAUUGCAAGAAAUGUAAAACGCCAUGUAGUUUAAAUUAUAAGAAAUAAGUGAAAAAGAAGCCAAAUUGAUUAAAUUAGUUUUAGCCAUUAAAAGAAGUGGAAUUGAUAUUGAAAAAAUUUAUAAUGAAGAAGUGCUUAAUGAUGACAGUGCUCUUGAACCAAAUGAUAUUUUACAUGGAGUUAAACAUUAUAAUUUUGAAAAAAAUGAGCAUGAUGCUGAUAAUUCUAUAGUUAAUGACUCUGAUGAAUCUAGUUUUUGCUUUCUUAACAAAUUAGAAAAUGAUUCCAUCCUAGAUAGCAUUCGAUAAUAUUAGUAUAAAAGCAAUAAAAAUCUCGAUACAAAAACAAAUAAUGUUAAACUCAAACUUGAUCUAUCCAGUUUACAAUAAAAAUUUUAAUAAACCCAAAAGAAAUAAUAACAUAAUAAAUCAUAAUCCUCAUAAAUAAUAUAAAAUAAAUAGUAAAAACAUAAGAUUCCUGAAAAUUAAAGCUUUACAGGGUUUCAUCAAGAAUUCAUAUAAAAAUUAAAUGAAUUUUCUGAAAGUUGGAGAAUAUAAGCUGCAAAAGAUGAAAAGCGAACUAAAUCUUGA